AUGGCGGCGGCGGCGGCGGCGGCGGCGACGGCUCCUCCGGGCUGCCCCGGUUCGUGCCCCAACUUCGCCGUGGUGUGCUCCUUCCUGGAGCGCUACGGGCCGCUGCUCGACCUGCCCGAGUUGCCCUUCCCAGAGCUGGAGCGGGUGCUGCAGGCGCCCACGCCCGACGCCGGCGACAGCGAGGUACCAAAAGAAUUGGUGGAGCUCCAUUUGAAACUGAUGAGGAAGAUUGGUAAAUCUGUAACAGCAGACAGAUGGGAAAAAUAUUUGAUCAAGAUGUGCCAAGAGUUCAAUAGCACUUGGGCGUGGGAGAUGGAGAAGAAGGGCUAUCUUGAAAUGAGUGUCGAAUGCAAAUUGGGACUUUUAAAGUACCUCUGUGAAUGUCAGUUUGAUGACAAUCUGAAGUUUAAGAACAUUAUUAAUGAGGAGGAUGCUGAUGCCAUGCGCCUCCAGCCAAUUGGCCGAGACAAAGAUGGUCUCAUGUAUUGGUACCAGCUGGAUCAAGAUCAUAAUGUCAGAAUGUACAUAGAAGAACAAGAUGAUCAAGAUGGGUCUUCAUGGAAAUGUAUCGUCAGAAAUAGAAAUGAACUGGCGGAGACUCUGGAACUCCUGAAAGCUCAAAUAGAUCCUGCACUUUUGAAAAACUCUAGCCAACAGGAUCCCUCCUCCCGAGAAAGCCCCAGCCUAGAGGAAGAAGAAACUAAAAAAGAUGGAGAAACAACUAAACAAGAGGAAGAAUUAAAAUCAAAACAUGAGAAGGUGAAAGUAGAGGAACCAGCAAAAGAAUCAGAAAAUCUUUCUGUGCCCACUACCCUGGAAGAGAAUCCAGUAAAAAUUGAGAAACCAGAAGAAAAGGAACUUGUGAAAACGCCAGUCAUAGUGAAGCUAGAGAAAUCUUCACUAGAGAAUGAGGAGAAAAAGAUCCCCAAAGAAGAAAGUGAUUCCUUCAAGGAGAAUGUUAAACCUGUUAAAGUGGAGGUAAAGGAAUGCAAAGUGGAAGCAAAAGAUGUUAAAAGUAGCACAGAGAAAAUGACUGUUCAUGAACCUGAGCGAUUAGAGAUUGGCAUUAAGCCUCCUCCAGAAAUUAUGGAGAAAUCAACCGAAGAAACUGAAAAAUUAAAAAAUGACCAGCAAGCAAAGAUACCCUUGAAAAAACGUGAGAUUAAAUUGACUGAUGAUUUUGACAGUCCAGUCAAGGGACCCUUGUGUAAAUCAGUGACUCCAACAAAAGAUGCGUUGAAAGAGGAGGUGAAAUCUGAGGAGGAGAUUUGUAAGCGGAUUCCCACAAUCAUGGCUUUGUGUCCUGAGGGGAAACAGCUAGUCAAUGGAGAAGUUAGUGGUGAAAAAAACACUCCAAGGAAUAAGACAGAACAACUCGAAACUAAGAUCUACAGCAUAAAGGAAGGAGGUAUUCAUCCAUCCAAGGAGAAAAAUGGCUUGGUGGUAGAUAAUGGGGCAGAAUCCUUAAUGUCUCUAAAUAAGAGCAUAAAAACAGGUGAAUCUGGGAAAGAUGGAGAGGGCCCUACUCAGAGAGGGCAAGGAGUAGAAGAACCUGGUCCUCCAGAAACCGAAAAAACUCUUGAAGACACUUCAGAGAUGGCAGAGGAUCUUUCUUUGAAAACAACUUUUUCUACCACUGAAGCCUGUGCCAAGAAAGUUGAAGAGAAGUCCUCAGCCAAAAAUAAGAAGGACAAACGGCCUCCACUCCUAGAAUGUCUAGAAAAGUUAGAGAAGUCCAAGAAGACCAUUCUUGAGAAGGACACAUCAAAAUUGAGUCCUAUACCCGAAGAGAUUGCCAAGAACAUUGUAGAUCCAGAGAAGACACCAUGCUCUUCAGAGGUGGCAGAGAUCUCCCUAACUUCUACUACUCCUGAUUACCAGGAGAAAGCAGCCUCUGAAAAGGAUGGGUUAGAUUCCAAAAAUACAAAACCCAGUGAAGAUAGCCAUUCCCUGGAGAAAACGGACCCUGAGGUCCUCAAGGAGGAAGUGGAACUUGCCAAGGCUGGAGUAGAUAAAUUAGACAGUAGCCAACCUUCUAAAAUCGAAGACUCUUCAGAGACCAAGAAGGGAUCCACCACACAAAAAAGUAAAUUUAAAUAUAAAUUGGUUCCUGAGGAAGAAACCACUGAAACAGAAAAUAAGGAAAUAACAUCUGAAAGGCAGAAAGAAGGCAUCAAAUUAACAAUCAGGAUCUCUAGCAGGAAGAAAAAGCCUGACUCUUCUCCAAAGGUUCUGGAUACAGAAGUAAAGGAAGAGACAGAAAAGGAAGAAGAGAAAGUAACUCCUGGUCGAACUUUAAGAAGGUCACCAAGAAUAUCUAGACCCACAGCAAAAGUGGCUGAAAUAAGAGAUCAAAAGGCUGAUAAAAAACGAGAGGAAGAAGAGAAAGGAGAAGACUCAGCAUCUGUCCAAAAACAGGACAAAAAGGAGAACUCAAGGAAGCCCGACAAGGAUGCUAAUUCUAAAGUCAAUAAGAUGAAAUCCAAGAACAAAGUUCGGUGGACGGGUUCUCGAACACGUGGUCGAUGGAAGUAUUCUAGCAAUGAUGAAAGUGAGGAAUCUGAGAGUGAGAAAUCAUCUGCAGAGUCAGAGGAGGAGGAAGAAAAAGAAACUGAAGAAGCCGUACCAGCAGAUGAUGAUGAACCAUGCAAGAAAUGUGGCCUUCCCAAUCAUCCUGAACUAAUUCUUUUGUGUGACUCAUGUGACAGUGGAUACCAUACAGCUUGCCUUCGACCACCUUUGAUGAUAAUUCCUGAUGGAGAGUGGUUUUGUCCCCCUUGCCAACAUAAACUUCUCUGUGAGAAGCUAGAGGAGCAGUUGCAGGAUUUGGAUGUUGCCUUGAAAAAGAAGGAGCGUGCUGAACGAAGGAAAGAGCGGUUGGUAUAUGUGGGUAUCAGUAUUGAAAACAUCAUCCCUCCACAGGAACCAGAAUUAGCUGAUGAUCAUGAAGAAAAGAAGAAAGAUUCCAAAAAAUCCAAAACACACUUUCUCGAAAGGAGAUCAACAAGAACAAGGAAGUGUAUAAGUUAUAGAUUUGAUGAAUUUGAUGAGGCAAUUGAUGAAGCAAUUGAAGAUGAUAUCAAAGAAGCUGAUGGAGGGGGAAUUGGCAGAGGAAAAGAUAUUUCCACCAUUACAGGUCACCGAGGGAAAGACAUCUCAACCAUUUUGGAAGAAGAAAGGAAAGAAAGUAAGCGGCCACAGCGGGCAGCUGCUGCCCGACGGAAGAAACGGCGGCGGCUGAAUGAUCUUGAUAGUGACAGCAAUCUGGAUGAAGAGGAGAGUGAGGAUGAAUUCAAGAUCAGUGAUGGAUCUCAGGAUGAGUUUGUUGUGUCAGAGGAGAACCCAGAUGAGAGUGAGGAAGAACAGCCGUCAAAUGAUGACAGUGACACCGAAUUCUGUGCCCGAAGACCCCGGCGACACCACUCCAAGCCAAUGAGGCAGAGCAGGCGUUUGAGAAGAAAAACAGUGAAGAAAAAGUACUCUGAUGAUGAUGAAGAGGAAGACUCUGAGGAGAAUAGCAGAGCAUCUGAGAGUGAUUAUAGCGAUUACAGUGAAGAUUACCUGGAAACUAGACGGAGAAGGUCAAGAAGAAACCAGAAAAGACAAGUUAACUAUAAGGAGGACUCAGAAAGUGAUGGUUCCCAGAAGAGCUUCAGAUAUGGGAAAGAAAUAAGACGAGUUCACAAACGCAGGCUUUCCAGCUCAGAUAGUGAAGAGAGCUACAUUUCCAAGAAUUCUGAUGAUGAUGAGCCAGCUAAAGAAUCUCAGCGGUCCGUUCGGAAGCGAGGUCGAAACACAAAUGACUGUUCAGAAGCAGAGGAGGAGGAGGAGGAAGGCCCACCUGCCCGAAAACGACUGCAUCGUAUUGAGACAGAUGAGGAGGAAAACGGUGAGAAUGCUGCUGCUGCUGCUGAUGCUGUGGAGCAGCAUGCAGGAGCCAGCAAGCACUUGGCAUCACAUGGGCAGCAUGACCAUACCAGGAAGCCCUAUAGGAUAGACAGUGAUGAGGAAGAAGACUUUGAAAACGUUGGGAAAGUGGAAAGCCCAUUGGACUAUAGCUUAGUGGACUUGCCUUCUGCCAACGGACAGAGCCCUGGCAAGGCUAUUGAGAACUUAAUUGGCAAACCAUCUGAAAAACCUCAAGCCCCCAAGGACAGCACAGGCAAUGCCAGCCUAGCACCCAAUGGGACAGGUGGUGGGCAGGAGGCAGGAGCACCAGAAGAAGAGGAGGAUGAACUUUUAAGAGUGACUGACCUUGUUGAUUAUGUCUGUAACAGUGAACAGUUAUAAGACUUUUUUUCCAUUUUUGUGCUAAUUUAUUCCACGGUAGCUCUCACACCAGCGGGCCAGUUACUAAAAGCUGUUUUAUUUUUCCUAGAAAGCUCUCCACUACAGGAUCACUUUUUAGAAGCAAAAAUUUCACCAGUCCCUGCAGUCUUUCUGUGAAGUGACCAGUUUUGAACUUUGAAGAUAAAUAAUCGCUAUAAAUUCCCUUUGAUGUUUUUUUUUUUGUCUUUUUUUCCCCCCUAAGUUCAUGGUCCUUGGUAAUUUCAUUCAUGGAAAAUACACACACAAACCCGUAUUCUAAUAACAACAAAAGAUUUGUAUAUUUUUGACUUUAUAGUUCCUGAGCUCUCCUGACUUUGUGAUAAAAGGAUGGAUAAGAAUGCAUUCCAAAUCUGUCAGGGCCCAAAAUGGAAUUUGGGGGUGGGAGAAAGCACUUGUGCUUUACUGUUUUCAUAUUAAAUAUAUAUAUACACACAUAUAUAUUAUAUUUAAACAUUCAUAACAGAAUACGAUUAACAGACAAUUUAAAAGUACAUGUCUGUAUUAUCGCAUUUUGUGAAUUGUAGAUAACAUCAUACCAUAGCUCAUUUAGUAGCAACCUUCAUGAAAUCAACUUGUUUAAUACUGGAGAUAACCACACUUAAUGAAAAAGAGACCAAGAAAGUACCAUUAGUAAGAGCUCUAAUUUAAGUAUCUGUUACAAUGGAGUUUCUUUGUUUUUAAAAAAAAAAUAAUAAUAAUCAUCUGAAAAGCAUUUGUACCAUGAAACAUAUAUAAUGAAGCUUGGGCAGCCAAAUUGUGCUAGCAGCAAAUUUUGUAAAAUGGCUUUAUGCAUAUUUGAUCAGAUCAUCCCUGCUGUACCGUGUCUGAUGGAAAAUAUCAAUGUGAUGAUUGUACAUAUUUGGUCAAUAUGACAAAAGAGAUAGUGUAACCAUUACAGAUAGCGUAAGUAUUAUUUUAACAACUGACCACUUAAUGUUUAAACAUUUGAAAGGUCAUUUGAAGAUAUAUAUCUAUAUAGAUAUAGAUAUCUGCAUAUGCCAUACAUCGAGACGUCGAGCUGACAAUGGGAUUUUAGCACAUUUGAUGAUGGGAGUGGGUUUUCAGGUGACUCCUAACCAAUCUAUUCUUGCCCUUAGUAUCUACUUCAAAUUGAAGUCUACAAACCAAGCAGUUCCUUUGGAAGGUUUUUAGUUUGAGUUUGUGAGUGUGUGUGUAUAUGAGUGUGUGUGUGUGUGUGUGUGUCUGUGUAUGUGUGCAUGUUUUGGCAUUAUCUGCCUGGAUAUAUUAGCAGGUUUUAAAUGUCAUUUUUGCCUUUGGCCAUUAGAACUUUAUUCAAAUUUAUACUACUCACGUGACCAACCUAAAGAAGAAGGAAAGCAACCAGUGUAUCUCUAAAUUUAUGGGCAUAACAUCCACUUACAUGCCUUGACACUCUCAAGACAAAGUGAUGUCUGUCAUUUUAAGCAAAAAGUUGGGGGAUUGAAGUGGACAGUUGAGCACCUGGUUGACCCUAACCAUGGUCCUCAUUUUAUUCAGCCUCUGAAUUUUCAUCCUGUGAAUUUUCAGGUAGGAGCCCUAACAUUUGGACAAAGCAUAGCCUUUAUGAUGAACCUUCCAUGUGUCCUUUUGAAACCAGAGGUGGUUAUCUCUGGUCAGCCCUUUUUUUGCAGAGGGAUUUAGAUUUUUCACCCCCUUUUCUGUCCAUUGCUGGCGAUGGAUGUAUGUUACCUGCUAAUGGCACCAAGGGGUCACAUCCUAUCUCCUCUCCAAAUUAAACCUUUUGUGUGCUAGUCAAUCCAUAAUUAAGCACUUCUUUUUUUAAUUUUUUUUUUAAAGCUGGCACUAGAACUACAUAUAAAUACCUCUCUAGACAACUUUGCCUGCCUUCCUUUUGUGUCCCUCCCCAGUUUAAUCUGCAGACUUAACUUUUGGCCUUGAAAGUUUAUAGCUGUUUUGUUUUUUGUUUUUUUUGACUGAUGUUGGUUCUUUACUGUUUUAUCCUUUUUCACUUUAGUUCUGUAGUUCACCUGUCCAUUAAUAUUUUUGUUGGAUUCUAGCAAUGUAUAUUUUGUCUGUUUUAAUAAUAAAAUAAAAUAAAUAAUCAAAGGCAGCCUAAAAUUAGGAUGCACCAGUAGUAUGCUGUGUUGAGAAAGUUGUGAUUUUUUAUUUUGAAGAGAAUGUCCUAUUUUAAGGGGAAGAAAUGACUUGCAUUAACAGGCCACUAAAUGCCUUUAUAAUCCAUGCAGUGUUUAAUUAAAGUUUCUUGUCUGUUAUUUAGAAUACAUUACAGAGGUUUAAUAUUUUAACUUCAUUUUAAAGCAAGCUGGCAGAGACAGGGUACCUGCCAGUACCAAUUUCAUUGUGCACCUGAGUAAAGGUAACCACGGUAGACAACUUCCCUUUGAUAAUAUGCCUUGCUCCCCACUCCAGAAACCCACCAGCCCCAGCCUCUAGCUAAAACCUGCACUUUUACUUCAGGCACAUCGACAGAAAAUGUGACUGUUGUAGGAUUAAUAUGUUUUCAUUACAUGCCUAUGUACAGAAAUUCAGAAGGUUCUUUGUACUUCUCCAGUUCAAAAAGUUGUGAAUUUCUACAAUAGUUUGGCAGAUAGAUUCUGAUUGUGGUACCAGCUUCUUGCAAGUUGCAAUUAGGCCACUUUGAUCAGCUGAUAUUUAAGGUCUUUGGAUCCAUGCCUGUAUGCUAAGUGGCAGAACUAUUACAACCACAGCUCCUGGGAGAACCCUUCAGCCAAGGUCCAUCUGUCUACCCAUAUAGUUAGAUACCUACAGUGUUGCUCUCUAGAUAGUCAUGAGUAUGUACAGCAUAUAGCUGAUUAACCUAGCUAAAAGCUGUAGCAGACCUGAACUGGUUCUGCUCCUUGUUAUGCACACUCAAGCUUGAGUUUCUUGAUCACCACAAAGGAAAUAAGUUUACCAUAAUGUUUUUCAUUGAUAUGUGAAAAUAGUGAGAAAAGCUCAUAUGCUUUCUCAAAAAUAUAAGAAAAUAAUUCAGGACUACCCCAGACCCCCAAAGUAAUAUUGAGCAUUCCAUGGCCACCAUAUAACAAAGCUGUUUACAUACUGUAAAACCCCUUAGAUAAGAUACAAACUAGACUCUCCCUAUAUCCAAUUCCAUUCUAUAACAAAUCUAUAAGAGGUUCUAGUGUGUUCAUUUUAUUCAGCCUUAUUAAGUCAGGAUUUGGAGUAUUUGAGAGUAGACAGUUUCAUUUCCUAUAAAAAUGUCUCCCUUUUUACUGGAUACUUCAAAAUAAAAUCAACUUGGUCAUGAAAAAGAAUAGGACUUGUAGUUAAAUUACAGCUUGGCUUUGAAGGUUUUCUGCAGAUGGAAUAGUGCUCAAUGAAAUAUUUACUGAUUCUAGCAUAUUACUGCAAAUCCAAAGGAAGAAAUACAACUAAUGACCAAAUGGAGAUCCUUUGGAUGAACUGUAUGCUUUCCAUGUGGUGUGACCUAGCUAAGAUUGCAGUCUUGAUAAGGAAAUAAGAGUGGUUUGGUUUAGGAUAUGUAAAUAGUCAAAAGGUUUUCAAAUAUUUUAAAACCACUAGAAACUCCUUAAAGUUUUUAAAUGAAAUAAUUGCAGAAUAAUUUCUCUUGUUGCCUAGUUCUUAGUUGUCAUGACCCAGCCCAUUUUGUUUAAUAACAUUAGGAACCUGAUUGAUCACUUCAUUCUAAGUUUAUGGGGGAAAAGCAGGUCUACAUAAGUGGAAUUAGUGGUAGUGUUUUCAUCGCAAGAGAAGUUUUUAAAGCCUAUGUUGCACAUUAAAGAGAUUCUGUUAGAAAUAGGGACAUUCUUCCCAUGAUUUUUCGAUUUUCUCAGCCCUCACUAUGAAGAGAAAAAUGAAGUUAAGUUUGAAGUAUAGAAACAUAAUAGACUUAGCUCCACUCUCAUGAGGGUCUGUGACAUAUUCAUGUCCCCAUGUUAUUUAUUCAAACUCAGAGUCUCGUUUUCUUUGAAUAAGUUCUCAACUUUAGAAAUCUGUACUUUAGAGAUGUAUUACAUAAAGAAAAAUGAUGAAACAAUGCAUUCGUUGAGCACCUUAUAUUUGUUUAAUUUGGCAUGUGUACACACAUAUAUGAGAAAAAUAUAUCUCAAAGAUUUUUUUUUCACAGAAAAUAAUGUUUAAAAUAGUGGGUUUUGUCAUUGCCAUGGGACCAGAAGAUAAUAGUGAUAUUCUUCCCCUUGAUCUGAAAGUAAUACUGUUCUCUAGUAGGCCAUGAUUGCCAAAGUUGCAUAAUUUGUUUCUGGUUUACUGGCUUUGUGGCUGAGCAUCUCUAAACUUAAAUCAUCAUUUAUCAUAACAGAAUCUAUCUUCUCUUCAACACCAAUGUCACCCACCAUUCCCCAUAUUAAAGGUCAACUUGGUUUAAAAGUGGAGGGUAAGCUUUGUAGAUUUGCUUUGUUGUGGUAAUCCUGGAAACAAGAAGUUUUAAAUGUGGUCAACCAGAAGUUUUAAUCUGAAGUUUUAAAUGUGGUUAAUAAUGUAUAGACUAAAUACUGUAAUUGUUUUAAGAACCUUUCCUUCCGCUCUGCCUUAAGUUAUCGUUAGCAUUAUCACUUCACAUUUAUUGAAUGCCAAUAGUUUGCUAGUUGCUGUCAUUUUUUUUUUUUUUUUUUUUUAAGCAAAGAAAGAACAAGUCCUAGAGACCUAAUAGGUCUGCCCUCAGUCACUACAGGCCAGAAAUUUUUUGUAGUGAGCUUUGUAUAGAUGACUCAGAUUCUACAUUGUAAUGCCUUUUUUUCUUUUACACCUCUCCACUUUCCACAUCGCCAUAAGUUAAGCAUUGUAUAGAUUACCAUCAGUAAUCUUUUUCUAAAUAUGUAAUUAAAAAGCCAUUUUCACCUAGGUUUGAUUGUCUCAUUUACCAUUUCAUUUUUGUGCAGUUCCUUGAAAAAAGUGACUAUGCUAAGCACUACAAAAGCAGUCCUGGCACAUUUGCAAUGAUUAUAAUUUAACGCACAGAAAUAUUCUAAAUUGUAAUACCUGUAUGGAAUACAUUAUCCUCCAUAUACCAGAUUUUUGGGUGGGUGAAAAUUAUUUAUGAUUUCUGAAUAAGCUAUUUAGACUUUGGGAAUAAGAACUUUCAAAACAAAAGGAUGUUGAACAGAAACUUCAGUAGAAUAGAAACUUUAAAUUCAUAUUUUUUAACACAAUUUGGAGAAUAUGCUGAGGUCUUACUCCUUUUGCCACUGGAUGAUGUGAGUUAAGAAUGGAAUCGUCAGCUCUAAUUUUAUACUUCCUCUUAACUUUCCUCAGUUUAUUAAGAAAUUUUAAUUUUAUUGUAAAAUGUGUUUUAAAAUCUGUAUUUAUUAAGUUCUGGUGGUAGAACAAGUAGCUGCAUGUUAGAAAUACAGCCAUCCAGAAAACCAUUGUUUGGAAAUUUAAGUAAACACUCCAGAGCUUCAGAAAUCGUUUAACUUAUUUUGUACGUUGCAAAAAAAAAAAUUUAUUUUGCUUAGAGUGACAUUUUUUAUAAUUGUGUACAGCUUUUAAGGGGGUGGGAGGUGGGGAAAUAACACCUGAAAGUAGAUUGUAGAUUUUUACAAUUGUGUUUGUGAUAGAAUAUCCACAGGUCUAUGCUGUAAUUAAAACUAAAACUGCUUAACAA